CCAAACAUAGCAGUAACGUUGUCUUAAACAAAUUCCCUACUCCGUCUCUUUUGGAUCAUUGAUAAUUUCCAACUUUCCAAAUUAAGAACAUCACAUUCCAAUUCCUUUCCUCCACAAACAUUACUCAAAGAUAUUCAAUUUCACUCUCACAUCACUCACCAUUUCCACUUUUUUCAUAAUCAACAUGGCACCUCCUAUCAAGUCACGUAAUAGAAGAUCAUCAUCAACAUCAUCAUCGUAUACAUCAACGUUAACAACAUUACUUUUUAUUGCACUAUGUGUCUUAGGUGUGUGGAUGCUAACUUCAAACUCGGUUGCUUCGCCUAAGACGCGUUCGGCUGUUGAUACAUCUGCUUCCACCACCAAUGAUUUUUCGUCCAAUGAUGAACAAAAUGAUCGAACCACCACAACCAACAACAACAAUGACGACGACAACAAUAAAAAAAAUAGAUUAGAUGAUUCCACAUCUGAAAGCACAACCAAUGCCAACAAUAAUAUUGAUGAUUCAAUAUCAGAAACUACAAACAAUGAUUUGACAUCAGAAACUACAAACCGUGUAUUUGGAGACAAUCCAGGUAAACUACCGGAUGAUGCUAUCAAAAGUGAUGAUGCAAACAACCAUGAACGACCGAAACAACAACGUAAGAGUUCGUUCGCUCAGAAUCAGGAGCCGAGAAAUUCAAACAAUGAUCCGAAAAACAUUGUGUUGGAGAAAGAUGAAGUGAGUGCAAAGGGUAAUAUAGAAGAUGAAAACCAAAAUGCAAAGGGUGAUCAGCAACAAGAAGUUCAAGAUGAAGCGAACCAACAACAACUAAGGGAAGACAAAGGCGAAACCGAGGUCAUGGAAAAAGAGCAAAAGAAAAUGCCCGAACAAGAAAAUGAGAGUCGUGAGGAAGCAGUGUCAGUAGAGAAGCCGAAACAAGAGAUAAAGAGGAGGAAGUCGAGGAAGGAAUUGAAGAGACAAUGGUCGACACAGAGAGACGAGUCUCAGGGUGAAAAGGAGAGACAAAAUGUCAACGAAUCGGGUGGAAGUAGCAGUAGUAGUAAUGUUGUUGUUGAUCAAGAAGGGAAAGAUUUCAAGUGGAGUAUAUGCAAUGUAACAGCUGGUGCUGAUUAUAUUCCAUGUUUGGAUAAUGAAAAGUAUCUAAAAACAUCACAUAGAAAACACUUUGAACACAGAGAGAGGCAUUGCCCUGAGGAUGCACCAACUUGUCUGGUCUCACUUCCUAAUGGAUACAAAAUACAUGUUCCAUGGCCUGGUAGUAGAGAUAAGAUAUGGUACCACAAUGUACCACAUGUUAAGCUAGCUGAAGUAAAGGGACACCAAAAUUGGGUGAAGUUGAUGGGUGAGUUCUUGACAUUCCCUGGAGGUGGCACUCAGUUCAUUCAUGGUGCUCUCCACUAUAUUGAUUUUCUUCAAAAGGCACAACCAGACAUUGAAUGGGGGAAGCAUACAAGGGUGAUAUUGGAUGUUGGGUGUGGAGUUGGUAGUUUUGGUGGUUACCUAUUUGAAAGAGAUGUUAUUGCUAUGUCUUUUGCUCCUAAAGAUGAACAUGAGGCACAAGUUCAGUUUGGACUUGAGAGAGGAAUACCAGCCAUAUCUGCUGUCAUGGGCACUCAAAGGUUACAAUUCCCAAGUCGCGUAUUCGAUCUUAUACAUUGUGCGCGUUGUCGAGUACCUUGGCAUGAAGAAGGUGGUAUGUUGCUUUUGGAAUUGAACCGAGUUCUUAGACCGGGUGGUUAUUUUGUAUGGUCUGCAACACCUGUGUACCAAACUCUUGAGGAAGAUGUGGAGAUAUGGAAGCAAAUGAAAGCGUUAACUAAGUCCAUGUGUUGGGAACUUGUGACCAUAAAAAAUGAUACUCUCAACCAAGUUGGUGCUGCCUUCUUCCGCAAAACUUCUUCCAAUGAAUGUUAUGAGCAGAGAGAGCAAAGCCAACCUCCAAUGUGUAAAGAUGAUGAUGAUCCAAAUGCUGCCUGGUAUGUACCUCUACAAGCUUGCAUGCAUAAGUUGCCUGCUGAGCAGACAGAGAGAGGGGCUAAAUGGCCAGAAGUAUGGCCUCAGAGGCUGCAAAAAUCACCGUAUUGGCUAAACGAUGCAGAGGGUGAAAAGUUAUCUACUCAAAAUUUUGCGGCAGAUAGUGUACGAUGGAAAAACAUUGUAGAUGAGCUUAAAGCUAUGGGUGUUGAUUGGUCUAACGUGAGAAAUGUCAUGGACAUGAGAGCUACAUAUGGAGGAUUUGCAGCAGCUUUGAAGGAUCUUCCUCUAUGGGUAUUUAAUGUUGUGAAUGUUGAUUCUGGAGAUACACUUCCAAUCAUUUAUGAGCGAGGUCUCAUUGGAAUGUACCAUGAUUGGUGUGAAUCCUUCAGCACAUAUCCAAGAACUUAUGAUCUAUUGCAUGCCAAUCAACUUUUCUCAAAUCUGAAGACUAGGUGCAAACUGAUUCCUGUUAUAGCAGAGGUGGAUAGAGUACUUAGACCAGGUGGUCAUUUGGUUGUCCGUGAUGAACUUAGUGUUAUUGAUGAAGUGGAGAAUUUGAUAAAAUCUCUAAACUGGGAAAUAACCUCCAAAACUUCCAGAAACCAAGAGGGUUUGCUCUGUGCAAAGAAAAGCUUUUGGCGACCCGGUCCUUAAUGUUCAAUCAGAUUAAUAUUUUCAAACAAACAAAGCACGAGAUUCGUUCUGUUAUAGUUAUUCAGAAAACUCAACUCUUCUGGCACAAUAGUUAUUCAGAAAACUCAACUCUUCUGUUGAUGUACUUCAUUAAAAUUGACAAAAAGUAGAUGUAAUACAUGGUCAAGAAAUUGUAGAAUCUGUAAUUUGUCAUUUUCAAAUGACCGAUGCUGUAAUACACUAGAUUAAAUAAUUGAAACA